CCAAAACAUGCCACGUACUUUCGUCUCCCAACACGAGAUCGGACACGAUGUCGACGACGAUAGCUCUGGUCGUCCGCCCUCGAGGCAAGCCGAUCAAGAAUUUGCCUGAAGAGACCACCGUUGGUCGCGAGGACUCCGCAGCGGAACUCUACAAGCUGAUUGCUGCGAGCUCGAAGAUUUCUGUCCAUCGACUCAAGAUCACCAAGGGCAGUGAUGGAUCGGCCAUACCCAAUUCCAGCAGCGUCACGGUGCAAGAUACUGGGCUGAGGAACAAGAGCACGAUCGAUGUGAAGGACCUAGGGCCGCAAAUCUCCUGGCGCACCGUCUUCGUCGUCGAAUAUCUAGGACCUCUCAUCAUCCACCCCAUUUUCUACCUUCUCCUCACCAGGCCACCAUCGGAACUACAGACGAUAUCCUUGUUAAUGAUAAUGCUUCACUUUCUCAAGCGAGAAUACGAGACAUUGUUUGUUCACCGUUUCUCGCUGGCAACAAUGCCCGCCCUCAAUAUCUUCAAGAACAGCGCACAUUACUGGUUGUUGGCCGGUGUCAACAUCGCAUUCUGGACAUAUCUGCCCUCCGCACCCACAGCAAAAGCGGCCAACCCUGUAUUUAAAUACGCGGGCGUUGCAAUGUUCGUAGUCGGAGAGCUCGGAAACUUCUCAAACCACCUCACACUCCGCGACCUACGGAAGCCAGGUAGCACAGAGCGGGGGAUUCCAAAGGGCCUAGGAUUCAGCCUUGUGACAUGCCCAAACUACAUGUUUGAGACGGUGGCGUGGCUUGGAAUCUUGUCGGUUAACUGGAGUCUCAGCACGGCCAUAUUCGCCGUAGCGGCGGUAGGACAGAUGGCUGUGUGGGCGCGGAAGAAGGAGAUGAGGUACAGGAAGGAGUUUGGGGCCGAGUAUAAGCGGAAGCGGUUCUACAUCCUGCCAGGCAUCUACUGAGCAGCAUGAGACGGGCGACACACGUCUGCGUUCGUAUCGCUCUCGCGCAGGUGGAGGAUUCAGCCACAGCCGCAAGGUGCCGCUGGCUGCAGCAAGGGAGUGUAGGCUAGGCGGAACAGUGAAUGGGGCCGUCACCCGGCGCUCUGGCACUAACCUACGAGGUUGCAGGCUUGGUGUAUGCUGUCAGCCAAGCCCUGAGACGUCUUGAUGGUGCAAUAGAUACAAUACCAAAGCGGC